UUAUUUUUUCGUUGAGGACUAAUUUUCCAAAAGUGUAUUUUAUGCUUAGCUUAUUAUGGAUCUGAUUCCUUGUAGUUUCAUAAAAACAAACAGUUGGGUUAUUACCUAUGCUUCCAUGAAUUCAAAUGGGAUGUGAUGUCCAUGUUGUUGUUCCGCCUGCACACAAGGCUGCAUAUUACGAGAAAUUUGCUCUGAAUUCGACCUACACCGUGUCCAACUUUAAAGUACAGCCAAAUAAGUUGCUCUUCAAACCAUCCACACACAAGUAUCUGGUAAAGUUUACUGGAGGAACAUCGGUUUCGGAUGUUAACAAACAUGAAAUACAACCCAAGCAAAGGAAGUUUACCAGAUUCGCUGAUAUCAUUACCGGGAAAUAUCGGAAAGAUUUGCUGCUCGAUGUUAUUGGUAUGGUCGAGUCUAUCGGAUAUGCUCAGACACAGACUGGAGGCAAAAAACUGCAAGUCAAUUUGGUCCUUAGGGAUGAGAGCAACAACACGAUUAAUUGCACCCUAUGGGAGUCCUAUGCUGCUCAAUUCUUUAAUUUUAACAAAGAGCGGGGUGACGCAUCUAAUCCAACAAUCCUGGUUCUUCAAUACGCAAAAGUUAAAGAAGAGGGACAAUAUCCCCUGUCGGUUACCAACACCUUUCACGUGACGCGGCUCUGUAUCAAUGAGAAUUUGCCGGCAAUGAAAAACUUCUUAGACAAGUUCCCUAAGGAUUCUUUGGUUACCGUUUCCAGCCAAUUAAGCUCUCAGUAUCAGCGUUACUCACAGAAUUCUAAUUCUGAUACCGGACGACAAACCCCAACCCAAAAGUUGCUCGAAGGUGCUGUUGUACUACCUAUCAGUGAGAUUAAAAAACUGCGCGAGACGACAUUUUGUGCAACGGUUGCUGAAACCAAAAAAUUGAUCGCUUCUUCCUUCGGAUGGUAUUAUCAGGCUUGCUAUGCAUGCCCAAAAGCUAUUCGUGGUGAUCAUCCUCCGUACAAAUGUGAUAAUAACCAUAAAACUGAAACCGAAAUCUAUAGGUAUAAGAUUGAAAUUGAUGCUGCCCAUGCGGGCGUAGCUUGCAAAUUCAUUUUCUGGGAUAGGGAAUGUACUGAGAUUUUGAAACUCUCUGCUGCUCAGAUGCGUGAGACAAUGAUUAAGGUUAAUUCUACUUUAACGUCAUUACCCGUUAGCAUUAGAAUUAAUCAUAACGUAGGCUUAUCUAACCUUUACUACCCGGUCAAGAAUUCUGUGUUGUAAUGGUACGUAACCUGACAUAACGGUAUAAGUAGGGUGUUAUACCAUAAUUAUUUAUCAUACACAUACAACUCACAAGCUGUUUCCAAAUAGAAUGUUACAAGGAAUGGAUUCUAUUAACUACCCGGUUAAUUAUUGUGUGUUGCAAUCUUACGUAGACUGGCAUAACGGAUCCCUUAGAGUUCCCUCUAGCACUUGAUGUCAUGUUGGACUUAAAGCUGGCUUUUAGAGUAAAAUGGCAACCCAGUUGGGUGUUGAAUGCAGUAUAGGGCAAGCAACAAAAAAGAUUUGGAAAUAUUGAUCCGGGAAUUAUCGUCCUCAGAGAUGGAGAGAUGCCAUUCAACAGUUUCUACGGUUUCGAUCUUGGGUUUGAAUGAGCAAAAAGUAAACAAAGAUAUAGACAGGAAAGAAUAACAAACACAUUCUUAGAAGAGAAAGAACUUAUCAGGAAUGUAAAUAUAUUCACUCUUCACAAACAUACACUUACCAACCCAUUAUAUUCAACCUACGAUACUCGUCUAUGUCAUCACGUAUCUCUCACAUAAGCGUCCAUCUCUGGAGCACAAACGAGAUCAUCUCACAACUAAGGUUAUCUCUAACGCGAAGUCGCGAGAACAUCCGUAUUCUCGCGUCGGCGAUCUCUCGCGCGCCGCUCAAACAUGAAAGCAUUACGUACAGAUACAAACAGUGAAUGCUAGCUCUAAAUCUAUCUCUAGAGUUCAGAACCAACAGAUUAUCAUCCUAGAUAAGGAUUCAAGAAGUUUAUCUCUAAAGCAACCCAAAUCCCCAGCAUAGAGCAAAAAUCCAGGAUAACAUCAACACAGAUUCGUAAAGCAAGUUAAAUAUAACAUUAUAAUCGGUAAAUAUACAUAAGAUUCAAGUAAAUAUACAAACAAACCCAACCAAAGAGAAAUACACAAAGAAGAAGAGAAAUGAACCGAAAAUCUCCCGGUUUGUCAGCUCCGUUCGACGCUCAAUCCACCCCCGAUCAUCCAAAUGCAACCUCUGAAGUUGUUUUCUAAGCUAAUCUACCCUAAGAAUGAAGGUUUGAUGAUUUGGGAACAAUUACCCCAAAACAUAACCUAAAAAUGUGAUUUUUACCCCUAUUUAACAAGCUGAUAUCUGUCAUGGUCGCUCAGCGGAGGUACUCCCGCUUAGCGGCUGACAGCAAAAGUGAAAUCUUGUUUUCGCCAUAAGUUGAGAACCGUAACUCCGAAUUGCGCCCGGUUCGAAGCGUUGGAAAGCUUAUUCAAUGCUCUAUCCAAUAAUGAAUGAAUGGAAACCAAAAUGAUGAUUUUUGUCAUCCUUAUUUUGAGUCUUUGGAAGUCCGCUUGACGGUGGCUAAGCGGGCUUGCACCAAAACUACGAAAUCGAAGUCGUGCCUUUGACACUUUAUUCCUCAAGGCUCCAAUAAGCAUGAAUACCUAUAAAAACAAAGGAAAAACUAUCAAAUGGUAUAAAAGUAUAUGAAAAUACAAAUAUUCACAAAGUAUACGUAUGUAUACACAAAACGGGGAAUUAUUCAAACGGUAUUAACAAAAGUAUCGAUAAGUGCCACUAUUUACAUACACAAAAUAAGUACAUUUUGACACUUAUCAUUGGGACAGUUGCUCCGUUGUUAUGUUCAUUAAAGAUGAUGCAUUCUAUGAACAAUUAAAGGCGCCGUGGGAGACCUCAAAGGUAUUAUUUUACCAGCCUAUGUAAGAAUACUUGUUUUGCAUUACAUACACCUUUGUCUUGCUGAUAGAGUGGUUUGUUAUUGCAAAUUAGGUAUCCACUUCAA